UUAACAUAUAUUAACCUAUUCUAUAUAAAAAUAAAUAAUUUUAAAAGAUAUAAAAUUUUAAUUAAUUUAAUUAUAUAUUUUUCUAUAUUUUUGUAAUAAAAUCAAACAUAAUAUAUAUAAAAUAAAAAUAAUUUAUUGCAACUUUAAAAAAAAAUUAUUUAAAAAUUGGAGUUCUUGCCCAAUUUGAAAAAGACAAAAAUUAUGAUAUUUUUGGAAUUUAAAGGCAGUAAUUUAAUAAAUUUUAUUUUGAAGAUAUUAUUCGGAUUCUUCUCAUCCACAGACGCACCUCCAUAGUCUCCGUUCAAAACUCCGACGCCACACUCAUGUCUCUCACUAUAGCCGGAACCGCAGUAGCCAGGGGCGGCGUUGGCCUUACCACCACGAGCCCAUCUACUCACCUCCCAAUUCGCCGCCACUUUCUCCUUCCAUCUCUCCCUUUCACUCUCAUAACAACAACAACAACAACAAGAUCAAGAACUUCCCACAUAGUUUUCGCCAAGAAGCUCUCGUCCCGGACUGGAAGGUUCGACAGCAAGAAUAGAAGGAGCGGCACAACAACCAAGGAAGGGCAGCAAGAACAGCGAGAAGAGGCUGAGAUUAAAGAAAUUGGCAGCACAGAGAAUGUGGGUGUGGCUGAUGGUGAUGAUGAUGAUGAUGGGUAUUUCUUGCCGGAGCUUCCCGGGGACAAGCCGGACUUCUGGGAGGGGCCUCAGUGGGAUGCUCUCGGCUUCUUUGUUCAGUAUUUGUGGGCUUUCGGCAUUGUUUUUGCGUUGAUUGCAUGUGGGAUUGCUGUUGUUACAUACAAUGAGGGGGCAACAGAUUUCAAAAAGACUCCUGUCUACCAGGAAUCAGUCCAAUCUCGAGAUCUUUUAGAAGAACCAGAGACGUCUAACUCAGAUGUUUUUGAGUCCAACCCAACUGAGGAGGCUCCUAGUUUGGAAUAGCCAGUCCAUAUAGAAGAAUGAUUACAUCUGGGAUAUGGUAAAUUAUUGCAAAGAAAUUUUACAUCCUGAGGGCAUUACACUCAAUUUAUAAGGUAAUGUUUCUGUUUAUAUGCCAGAACUUCCUUUCUCAAAUGUAAUUUUACUAUUUUGUGAGAUGUUGAUACAGAAAGAUUUCUUAGUAAGUAAUGAGUUCACAAGAAAAUUUCUGAA